CUGCAAGUUUGAGGAGGAGAUGUUCUCUGAUUGCGAGACAUGAAUCUGGAAAUUUUAUAGUGUAUGCAAAGUUUUCCAUAAAAAAACUCUUCCCUUCCUCGUUUCCCGUGUUAUGCAGAUCCAAUAAAAAGCACGAAGCCGACACUUACCCUCCACGGCUCCACCUUUUUUAUUUUCUUUCAGUUCUUAAAGUUCUAACAAACAAAUACAGUAUCACUCACUCCGUCAUUUUCUCUUGACUCAUACUCUUCACUUUCCCAUCUUUUUACUUCUUUGCCUUUUCCCUCUCUCACCAAACAAACACACACUUCACUCUCCCUGGUUGUUGUUCUUCACCUCUCUUCACUUCACUCUGUCAAACUCAUUUCCCCAUCCAACACACUCUUCAUACCUCACACAUCAAAUCACUAUUUGACACUUAACCUUCUUUAAUCAUUCUUAUUGCUACGCUUCUUCAUUCACAUACACUUUCUAACUUUCUUUCAUACAGUGAAAAGUUAUCAUUAUAGAUACUCCUAAUUGAAGCUUUCUUAGCAUUAUUAUGGAUCAAAAACCGUGGCUUUGGAAGAAAAAGUCCUCCGAAAAGACAAUUAUAGCUACUGAAAACAAUAAUCUCACUUUGAAAGAAAAUGGAGAGGUACAAGCACUUCUAGCUGAUAAAGAAGAAUUGGAGAAAGAAUUCAAAGAAAUAAAUAAUAAGCUUGCUUUGGCACUUUCUGACUGUAAUUCUAAAGAUGAGAUGGUGAAGAAACAAACAAAAAUUGCACAAGAAGCAGUGGCAGGUUGGGAAAAAGCAAAAGUUGAAGUUUUAUCUAUGAAGCAAGGUUUGAAUGAAGCUUUGCAGCACCGAUUCGUUUUUGAAGAAAGAGUAGCUCAUUUGGAUGGAGCUCUCAAGGAAUGUAUGCAGCAGUUACGAUUUGUUCGAGAAGAACAAGGGGAAAGGAUUCACGAUGCUGUGAUGAAGGCUUCAAAAGAAUUUGAAAAAGAGUUCAUGGCUUUGGAGGAGCAUUUAUCCGAGACGAGUAAAAGGCUGGUAAAAGCUGAGACUGAGAAUUCUCAUCUUAAUAAAUCCAUUUUUGCGAGAGAAAAAUUGAUUGAGGAUCUGAAAAGACAACUGACUCGAGCCGAGGCAGAUCAUAGCACACUUAUGAAUAGAUUAGAGUCUACUGAGAAAGAUAAUGCCUCUCUGAAGUAUGAGGUUCGAGUGCUUGAAAAGGAGUUGGAGAUUCGAAAUGAAGAGAGAGAAUUUAACCGUCGGACAGCUGAUGUUUCUCACAAACAGCACUUAGAGAACAUUAAAAAAAUUGCAGUGUUAGAGUCAGAAUGUCAGAGGUUGCGUCUUCUGGUUCGAAAACGAUUACCAGGUCCUGCUUCCCUGGCAAAAAUGAAAAAUGAAGUUCAAAUGUUAGGACGGGAUUCCGUUGAAAUAAUGAGGAACAAGUUGAACUCAACUAGCUCAAUGGUUGAAUCUUCGGUUGACAGUUCUCCCAGGACUCCCAAUAGAAGAAUCAAUACUCUGACAGAGCAGUUGUAUGUUGUGGAAGAAGAAAACAAAGCUUUAAAAGACUCCCUGAAUAGGAAAAUGAAUGAACUCCAAUUCUCACGAGUAAUGCUUUCUCGCACGGCUUCCAAACUUCUGCAACUCGAGUCACAUAAUGAAGAAUCGUCUAAAGGUCAAGUAGCUGUUGAGCAGCUUAGAAAUAACCUUACAUCAUGUGAAUUCUCUUUGGCAUCAAUGUCUGAUGUUGGCAGUGAUGAUAAGUUUAGCUGUGCUGAGUCCUCUGCUUCUGCAUUGAUUUCAGAAUCGGAGUACUUCAGAAGUGGAAAACAAAAACAAUCAUUUUCCUGCAGAAGCGUUGGAGCUUCAGACAUCAAUCUCAUGGACGACUUUGUCGAAAUGGAAAAAUUAGCAGUUGUCUCUGUUGAAAAAGGCACUGAAAUCUCUGGUGCUUCUUUGAAAGAAGUUAUUGAUAUCAAUGGCUUCUCAGAGACCGAGAAAAAUGAGACUACCUCCGAAGUAGUUGGUAAGCAGAUUGUUACAGUGUCUGAUCACAUUUCGGACUUCACAAUAUCGAAUCAGAAAACCUGUUCCCUUGAAGAAUUUAAGGAUAACAUUCCAAAUUGGCUUCAAGAUGUAGUAAAAAUGGUCCUUGAACAAAACCAUGUCACUCACAAAAUGCCCGAUGAUAUACUUCAGGAUAUUAGAGUGGCUUUGAGAUAUCUGGAUAAUCUAGAUCCGUGUAUCUUUGGUUCAAAAGAAGUCUCUGGUCAUAUUGACGGAUCUGAUCCUCCAAAUAAUUUUUUGGCGGUAAUUCCAUCCCGUGAUGAUGUAAAUAUUACUGACCUCUCAACAAUGAAGAGAACCAAACAACAAGCUCAGAAAGAUCUGAGUAAAUCAAUAGGGAAGAUAAUUGAGCUCAUUGAAAGAAUCAGCCUGCCUGUUAUGGAUGGUGAUAAUUCAGAUCCGUUGUGCACAAAUGAUGAGAAUGCUUCCUCAUUCAAGAAUUCAGGAAUGCCAAUGGGCUACAUGGCUCGUGUUUUCCAGUGGAAAACAUCUGAACUCAGUAAUGUUUUACAGCAAUUUCUACAUGUGUGUUAUGAUUUACUGAAUGGCAAAGUUGAUAAUGAAAAAUUUGCCGAAGAACUAACAACAGCGUUGGAUUGGAUAAUGAAUCACUGCUUUUCGCUUCAGGAUGUUUCUAUUAUGAGAGAGGACAUCAAGAAACAAUUUGAUUGGGAUGAGACACGAAGCGAAAGUGAAGCAGAGUUUGGGAUGAUAGGUCAGUUUUUAGAGGAAGAUAAGUUGCAUUCUCCCACAGAAAAGUUGCCAUCUUUGCCUCAUGUAACUACAGAUGGUCACGAACUUCAGAAUCGAGAGAUGUAUUCUUAUGAGAAAGAAGAAUUGAAAAGUAUUAAGGAAAAUUUGAUCCAUGCUGAAUCUCAAAAGGAAGUAUUGGAAGGGAGGUUUCAAUCAGCUACUGAUAAGAUUGAGUCCUUAACGAAUCAACUUAGAGAAUCAGAGAAAACUAUUGACAGCUUGAGAUUAGAGUUACAAUCCUUAGAAGAAUCCAAUGAAAUACUUGAGGAUCAAAUGAAAAAACACAAAGUGAUGAAAUCAGAUCUUGAUGCACAGCAUAAAGGGGCUGAAUUAAAAGAGGUCGGUCUCAAGGUUCUGGAAUUAGAAGUGGAACUGGAGAACAAAAAUCAUUCUUGUGAAGAAUUAGAGACCAGAUGUCUUGAAUUGCAGCUCCAGCUUGAAAGCAUGUCAAAGGAAUGCUCAAACCAUGGUAUCGACCAGAAAGACAAGCCAUUGCGAACUGACUUGGAGAUAACAGCUGCUUCAGAAAAGUUGGCUGAGUGUCAAGAAACCAUCUUUAACCUUGGGAAGCAGCUGAGGGCAUUGGCUCCACCAAAGGAUUCAUCCCUUUUUGACAAUGUCAUUGCUGCGCAGCGUACCAAUAUCCCAUCCACCACCACCGCCACCAUGACAACAAAAAUGAAUCAUAACCCUACUCCCCCGAAAGUUAUGAAAACAAAGAAUCGAUCUCUACUCGACCAGAUGCUAUCUGAAGACAAUACUAAAGCCAAGGUUUCCAAAGUAAAUGACCGCAACUCCAAUCUCCCCACCAUUCCAGGCAUUAUAGAACCUUUGGAGAAGAUUUUAUCUUUGAACGAAUUUAAAGCUCACGAUGACCGAACUACUGAUAAUGAUUUGGCCAUUGUGCCAGCUAAGAAACCGGGAAGUGGAAGUUUGUGGAAGAAGUUAUUAUGGAAAAAGAAGAAAAGUUCCACUUUGAAGACUCCCCUUCCAUUGAACACUUGAAAGGCUCAUUCAUACAAUAAAGUGCAGUGUUGUUCAAUACAGUAUUUACUGAAAGAAGGAAAGUGUAUUUCUUUCCUAUAUUUUUUAAUGAAGGGACUUGAUUGGUGUUUUUGUGUGUUUUGAUCUUGUAUAUAUACGACUUGUAUCAAGAUGAUGAACUAAGAUCACUUGCAGAGAGAAAAACUUAAUUCUCAUUUCUAGAAAAUAGAAUGAACUCAAUUGCUUACAAAA